AUGAGAGCAGAACUUUGCGAAGCUGGCGUGCCCAAGAAGCACAUAGCCAAGGCGCUCCUUCCAGAGCCUAUGCCCUGCCCGGAAAACUUAAACAUGCGAUUCGUGCGGAAGUUCUUGUCCGCAUUUCAUUGGAAGCAGGCAAGCCGCAACACCAGCGGCAAUUAUCUGGCCUCCUGUUUGAGUGGAGCGAUCCACGGCUGGAGGGAAGUAGUCAAGGAGAUACAGAAUGGUGUCCACAAAUGGUUGAUAUUGAACCUGGACCAGGUUUGGCGUCAGUCUUUGAGAUUUGGGAAGAAGGUCCUGGUGAAGGGGACCCAACGAGCCAAGCAGCAUGACCACAUGAUUGCAAGAAGUGACGCAUUCGCCACUGCUCGGCAGUCUAUCACUGCAGUCACAAGCUGUUGGUCGGACGGGACCAGAGGUCCCUUGGGAUUGUGCUAUCCUUCAGGCGCCUUUCCUCAAAGCGAAGUGGACAGGUUCAAUCAGAAGUACGAAGGCAUUUGCUACAUGUUUGAGUCUGAAUCAAAGAGUCAUUUCAUGACAGGAAAUACCUUUCAGACAUUGCUCCGGGGAUUGUUGACGCCAGCAUAUGCUAUCAAGCGUAAAGCGCUUGGCUUGACCAUCAAGGAUCGAGGACUCCUGCUGACUGACGCUUGGAGCGGGUUCCAUUGCUACAAGACUGGAUUGAACCACGCCAGAGAGGCGUGGUGCCUGAGCUCCAAUGUGAAGCUGCCGGCCCUCCAGGUGCGGGUUCCACCUUUGCUUGACUGA